AUGGGCGAAAAUCCUCUCUCGAUGAACAGCGAGGAACAGGACCAACUUGACCGAAGUACGAAGAAGACGAAGACAUCUACGGAGUCACCAAUGGGCGAGGCUGGGGCCAGUGCUAUCGGGGACCUGGUGGAAAAGCAACCUGCUGCGCUAUCGUUCAAGCAGAUCGUGGCAAAUGAAUCUACGCAAAACCAACAAGCGACAGCGGAGGAACUCGAUCUGGUGUCUGACGAUGAAGCAGAACCCGAUGAUGAUGUGGAUCCAACAUGCCUAGUUAUUCGACUCACGAAAGAAGAGAAAAUCCGUUUACGUAGUAAAUGGAAACAGACACUAAUCGUUAAGGUUAUGGGUCGAAGCGUGGGCUAUGGGUAUCUCCAGAGAAGGCUUAUGACAUUAUGGAGACCAACGGCGAAGAUGGAAGUUGUGUCCGUGGACAAUGGUUAUUUCUUGGUCAAAUUUGCGUUCGUGGAUGACUACGAGUUCGCAAAAUUCGGAGGUCCUUGGAUGGUACUCGACCAUUAUCUCAUAGUCAAAGAAUGGAUGCCCAACUUUGAUCCUUUCACAGAUAAAACGGAGAGCAUGAUAGUCUGGAUUCGGUUCCCAUGCCUUCCAACUGAAUACUAUGACCACAAAUUUCUGAUGAGGGUUGGAGCGAAGAUUGGUCGUCCUAUCAAUAUUGACACCGCCACGAGUCUGGUUUCGAGAGCAAGCUUUGCAAGAGUCUGUGUUGAAGUGGAUAUCACCAAACCACUGCUUGCCAAAUUCACGCUAAGAAAUAGAGUCCGUCCGGUUGUUUACGAAGGUCUACACCUCAUUUGUUUCAGUUGUGGAACGUAUGGUCACACCACGGAAGGAUGCCGCUUAAACCAUGGAGAAGAUGCCACUCAAACGCCGGAAAACGGCGGUGAACAGCGACCGGCGAACAACCCCGGCACCGUUAACGGUCAAAAAAGUGAUGCGCAUGGUAAUACCUCCCCACAUAUGGAAACUACCAUAAUACGGCCGGAGCUAACGGUUGAUUAUGGGUUGUGGAUGAUUGCUCCAAAACAAAAAAGGAAUUAUGCUAGGAAUCAGGGUAAUAGGAAUCAAGGGGGUAAGGAGAAUGGAAAAAGGAAUCAGCAGGAAACCAAUAAAGGAAGAAACAUCAACGCCCAAUCUGGGUCGAGAUAUGUAAGUCUUGGUGACACCAAUGCGAGUGAAGAGGACCAAUUUGAGGAGGAAUUAGCGGGAGAACAACUGGAGAACCAAAGCAGGACUCAGGGAACAACACAAACGGGCCAAGCAAAAGGGAAAAGGCCUACGACCCAAGUCUCAGAGAAACAAAUAAUGGGAAAUAACCAACAUGGGAAGCAUAAGAGGCAGCCCGAAAUCGGAGAGUCAAACACAAGAAGAAAUAGAAGCAACCAAGCCCAAGUGGCUCAGAGAAACCAAGCCCAAGUGGCUCAGAGAAAUCAAGCUGGCGCUGCAUCAGAACAUACUUUGGUCAUGGGUGAUAAAACCGGGUCUAAAUCGAUUCAAGAGCACUUUGGUGAUCCACCUGACGACGAGCAGAGGGAGGAACAGCUGCAGGAGGAGCAGUUGGGUGAUUCGGCUAUUAUAUGGAACUGCCAAGGUGCAGCUUCUAAGGACUUCCUUAGGGCUGCGAAGUGGAUGCUUAGCAAGUAUUACCCGGAAAUCCUUUGCCUGGUCGAAACCAAGACUUCCGGGAUCACCGCGGAUUCUAUCUUUGUGGAAGCAACGGGGAGAACGUGGAACUUCUCGGUCGUGUAUGGAAGCCCGGCCCCUCACCUACGUCGUAAACUCUGGAGUUCGCUAUGCAGGAACAAAGUUCAAAUUAAUCACCCUUGGUUGAUCGCUGGGGAUUUUAAUGCCAUUGUUAGUAAUGAGGAGUGCUCCAGUCCUAACAAUCCGGGGAAUCACAGGAAUGCGGAUUUUAAAAACUGGAUCUUUAGUGAAGCUCUAAUUGACCUUGGCUUUUCGGGUCAGAAAUUCACGUGGAGACAAGGGAAGGAGGAGGGGACGUUCAAGGGCGCCAGACUGGAUCGGGCUUUAUGUUCGCUGGAUUGGUUCGACCUUGUCAAGGAUACAACUGUCUCCCAUCUAACUACUUUCGGAUCGGAUCACACCCCUAUAUUGGUUAACAUCGAUGCGAAACGGAAGACCUUCAUUAAUAAUUUUAUGUUUCAAGGUGCGUGGACGAAUCACCAUGAUUUCACCGAGUUCAUUAGUCGCAACUGGAAUAAGGAAGGAUCAGUCUGGCAAAACAAAGACGCUAUGGCCAGUAAGAUGAAAGAAUGGAACAAGACUGUGUUUGGGAACAUCCACCAUCGAAAAAACAGGUUGCUGCGAAGGUUGGAUGGUGUCCAAAAACAAAUAUAA